AAAACAAAAACGAGCGCACCCUGUGCGUACCAGACGAUGUAGGAUUUACGGAAGAGGAGUCCCAGGCGUGGCUGAGGAACUUCCGUCUUUUACGGCACAAAAAUGACAGCAACUCUGCGCCCCUACUUAAACGCUGUGAGGGCCACACUGCAGGCGGCCCUCUGUCUGGAGAACUUCUCCUCUCAGGUGGUGGAACGUCACAACAAGCCAGAGGUGGAGGUCAGGAGCAGUAAGGAGCUGCUUCUUCAGCCUGUGGUGAUCAGCCGUAAUGAAAAGGAGAAGGUUCUCAUCGAGGGAUCCAUUAACUCUGUCAGAGUCAGCAUCGCUGUCAAACAGGCUGAUGAGAUUGAGAAGAUCCUCUGCCACAAGUUCAUGCGCUUCAUGAUGAUGAGAGCGGAGAACUUCUUCAUUCUGAGGAGGAAACCAGUAGAGGGAUAUGAUAUUAGCUUCUUGAUUACCAACUUCCACACGGAGCAGAUGUACAAACACAAGCUGGUGGACUUUGUCAUCCAUUUCAUGGAGGAGAUCGACAAGGAGAUCAGCGAGAUGAAACUGUCUGUUAAUGCCCGGGCUCGUAUUGUUGCUGAGGAAUUCCUGAAGAACUUCUGAUGGCAGUGUUGGUCCCUCACACGCCAUAAAAACGCUCCAAAGGGCCAAUCAGCACAUGAGUGGAGUAAACAGUCAAUCAGCAAGGAGAUGAGAGGACCAUGACCAAUCUGGCAGUGACACCCUUUGCACCAGUCUCGAGUAUCUCCCUGUACUCAUGAGUAUCAAUGACUGUAUAUAAUGAAAUAUUUACCAGUUUCAUUUUCAGCCACUUAGAACAAAUCCCCAAACAAAGGCGGGUCCUUAAAGUAUUAAUCAAGUUGAUAGCCAUGAGUACAGGGGCGCCGAGGACGUGUUGUUGCAAACGAAAUGGCCAGGUUUUUGUAUUUUGGUGUCUGUGAGUCUGUGCGUUCUGUCACUGUUGUUUCAAAUUUGUCUCCAAAAUUUCUCACACGUUUGCAGAAAGUAGUCUGUGUGGUGUCAAAUCACAGACACGGAGAGGAGCUGUCAGAGGCUACCAAAACACAUGAAUGAAAAUAAUGAAAUAUAAUAAAACUCUGUUGUUUAUA